GUCCAUGGAGUCAGUUUUAGCUGAAACUACUGUAAAAGAGGAAUAGAAAAGGGAAAAAAAACAACACAUUAGCACAAAGGUGCCUCAAAAUCUUUGGGGAGGAACAGGAAGGAGAGAGGAGAAACACAUAUUACUGUAAGUGAGAAAAAAGUUAAAAUCAGUGUGAAGGAAAGGAGAAGUCUGCUGUGGAUCCUGGUCAGCACAGAGCUUCAUCAUGGCCGCCUUGAAGGAGAAGAGGACUUGUGGGCAACGAUGUGAAGACUUUGGCCAUUUUGUCUGGAACUCAGAUGAAGGGAAGUUAAUGGGCAGAACACCAGAGAAAUGGGUGUACAUCAGUCUGUAUUAUGUGGCCUUCUAUGUGGUGAUGACCUCCCUUUUCUGUCUGGCCAUCUGGACACUCAUGUACACCCUGGAUCCGUACACACCGGACUACCAAGACCGACUAAAAUCUCCGGGGGUGAUGGUGUGGCCGGACACUUAUGGGGAGGAAAAUGUUGAAAUCACCUACAACACAUCAGACAAAGCCAGCUGGAUGAAGAUGACAAAAAUCCUCAAUGAGUUCCUGGAGCCCUACAAUGACACCAAGCAGCUUGAGUGUAACAAUUUUAACUGCACAAAGGGAAAGUACUUCAUCCAGAAAACCUUCAACGGCCCUCACCAUACCAAGUUCUCAUGUCCCUUCCUUCAAAGUAUGCUGGGACCCUGCUCAGGACUUGAGGACCCAACCUUUGGCUACAACUGCUCCAUGCCUUGUGUCAUCAUUAAGAUGAACAGGAUCAUCAACUUUUUGCCUACUAAUUGCACUGACGGUCCCCCUUAUGUCAACUGCACUGUACUGGAAGGGGAAGAAAACGUGGCCAAUAUGGAGUAUUUCCCUGAAAAUGGAAAUAUGGAUCCCUCUUUCUUCCCUUACUACGGGAGACUGGCACAGCCUUCCUACGUCAACCCGUUGGUGGCUGUUCGGUUUAGCCUGGUCGGAGGGAAGCACGCUAAGAUCCAGUGCAGAGUGGUCUCAAAGAAGAUCAGCUACGAAAACUUCCACGACCCCUACGAGGGAAAAGUUAUCUUCUACCUCAAGGCAUUAAAAUGAGAAACAGAUGAGAAGAUUCCGAGAAAUAAGUAACAACUAACCUUUCAGUAUCAGAGAUAGAGCAGCUGACUACAGACUCAUAGGAAACUCAUAGGUUCUAUUAUUAAACAACUUAUUUUAGACUCAUAUACCAAAAGGUUGCGGUGUAACUAUUGUAAUGUGGUCAGCUGUGUGUUGUAUUUAACAACACGUUCAAUAAUAAUCAAGCACCGGAAAUAUCCUUUUUAUAACAAACUUCAAACCCCUUCUGUUAAACAUUGUAGGCCCAUUGUUACAUUUCUGUGGUGCUUUUAUGAACAUGAUUGUUAUUUGCUGAGUGAUUCAUGACACUCUUUGUCUUAUGAUUUCACAUGAUAAAAAUAAAAAUCUUUAAAUCUU